UGGCUUGGCCCCGCCCCAGCCGGGGAGACAAUGCGAUCCCAGCCCCGCGCUGAGCUUGCCAUGGCGAAGGCGCGCCCCCCGCCUACUCCCUUGCCUUCCUCCUCCUCCUCCUGCUUGCUGCUGCUAUUGGGGGUGAGCCCCUUUCCCUGAAUCCGGGCGCCUCCAAAGGCUCUCUCCAUCCUCAUCUCCGCUUUGGGGGAGAUCCUUUAAGGGACCCCUUCCCACCCCCCAAAAGUCCCCUCCCUUCGUUUUCUGGGGCAGCAGGAGCAGUGGAUGGAAUCGCCCUGGGCGAGACCAUGGCCAACAUCUCCUCUUUUGGCAAGUACACCCAUGCGAUUGUCCGGUGCAUUCCCUCCUCAUUUGGUACAGCAGAGACUUCAGCGGAUGGGUCCGACAGUGGAGCUGAGCCCGUGGAUCUGGCAAAGGCUCACCGGCAAUACGGUGUCUACACGGGCAUCUUGCGCCAGAAGCUAGGGCUGCAAGUUAUUGAGCUGGCUGCGGAUGAAGCCCUGCCCUAUUCCACAUUGGUGGGGGAUCUGGCGGUGAUACAAGGAGACACUGCGCUGCUCACACGACCGUGGAUACCCUCCCGGCGAGAUGAGAUCUGCAGUGUCAAGAAAGUCUUGGAGGAGCUAAAGCUGCGUGUGGUUGAGGUUACGGAUGAGGGGGCCACUUUGGAUGGAAGUGAUGUCCUUUUCACAGGUAGAGAGUUCUUUGUGGGCAUAUCCAAAUGGACUAAUCACAGAGGAGCAGAGAUGGUUGCGGAUGCUUUCAGGGAUUUUGCUGUGUCGACCGUUCCUGUCUCAGGCACAUUGCAUCUCCGCAGCUUCUGCAGCAUGGCUGGAUCUGACACGGUUGUGAUUGGCAGCAGUGAUGUGGCCAAGAAAGCCAUGAAGACCAUGGAGCAAUUAACAGACCACCACUAUGAAACGCUGACGGUGCCUGAUGACCCAGCUGCCAACUGCAUCUAUGCUCGGCUGGGCCAGAAAAGCAGUGUCCUCCUGCAUCGCAGUACGGAGGAAUACCCCAACAGUGUGCAGCCUUUCCAGAAACUUCCAGACUACACCCUCAUCCCUGCUGCAUGCACCGAGGUAGCCAAACACGGGGGGACUCUCAGUUCCUGCUCUCUUCUGAUCAACAAGAAGCUGGAGAUCUAGUGCCUCUUUGGAUCCCAUGGAAACUUGGGUUCUUGCAAUCCCUGACAGUCAACCCUAUUUUCCUCAGUUCCUAUGUGCAGAGUGACAUCCCUGCUUCUCUUAGCAUCUUUGUGAGCCAAGAACACCACCCAAAUGUGCUAAUAUGGCCCAUCUUCAACUUUGCAGAUGUUUCUUUUUCUAUUUGCAUUGGACCUUCCCUGCAACCCUAACCGUCUCCAUUUUCUGGCUCUGGUUGCGACUGUGAAUGACUGUCACCCCAGAAAUGUUUGAAGAAAAACCCUAGUGGGACACCAGAGGCCAUUGCUUAUCAGUGAGCCAUAUUAGCAAGGGCUGCUGAAUUGUUUUAACUCAUUCAGCACCACUAACUUCUCUCUUUCAUUGUUUCUGAUUAUAUUUGGGGGAAAUCAUUUAGGAAAGUACAAGAAGGGAUGAAUAUCCAUCAUGCCAUUGCAAACUCUAAACGGUGACCAACAUAGGUCCAUUCCUCCCUGUUUUAAAGUUUACACAGAUGGCAUUCUAGUAUUGGAGGCUCCUAAUGGUGGUCUCCAACUGUUUUGAUGGGUAGGCCAAUAUUGUCUUGUUUCCCAGCUGGACAAUGCCAGUACUAUGGAUAUAGGAUUACUUGGAGACUCCUCUGUUUGUACAGCAACCAAUUAUAAUGUUGGAUGCAUCUUGCUAUAUACACAAAGAUGUCACUUGUGCAUUGUGUAUGUCUUACCCUAAGACCUUCAGUGACUUGGCUCUAGAAGUUAUUCUUAAAGCAGAACAGGGGAUGGUUUCGCAAUGUUGAGUAGUAGCUCCCAUCAGCUCUAGCUAGAGUGACCAGCGGUGAAAGAUGGUAAGAGUCCUAUGGGCCACAUAUUACCCAUUCUCCUAACUUUAUCUAUCUUAAAUGGUCCCUAUGGUCUGCUACAUUCAUUUUUAUGGUGCUGCCAUUUGGAAAGGGGGAGUUCAGGUAGAGUGACCCCUCUCCUCCCUCAACCCAAACUCAAACGACUGCUUUCCCACUGCCGCCACAACGGAUGACCUCUCUGCAUAUCUUCAGGGUCGAAGCAGCCACUGAGGAGCAGCUUUGGAGGAAGAAGGCACUUGUGAAGGAUGCUGCUUCCUCUCCCAAGGCACUGUGUACGUGUUUUGUGUAACUGUAGUUAGAGGGCGUUCGUAGGAGUGGAAGGCGUAGAGGGAGCGCCCUCUGUUGGGGAGUAGGCGUAAUGACAGGAUGUAGGACUUAAUGUAGAUUCACGCACUGCCUCUUUAACCUCUUGUGACAUUUGAAAAAUUAAAAAAAGACUGAACCAA